AUGAGAACUACACUUCAACCUUGGCUAGAUUUGUUGAAUAAAGCUCCACAAAAUCACUACUUUGCUGUGAGUGGUCCGUCGAGCAUUCGCCCGCGCUAUCCAGAACCGGGAUUCGGAUUACACGGGCUCGAUUUUUCCAUGGAUAGAAUGUUUGGAUAUCAGAAAAUCGAGUCGAUGAGGAAGAUGAUGCUGAUGCAAGAACAAGUUUUCAAACAACAGGUUCACGAACUCCACCGGCUGUACAAUCUUCAAAAGAAACUAAUGCAAGAACUCGAAAAAAACAGACUCAUGAAAGCACGACUGGCAAUAGAAAGCACGAGCUACUUACAUAUCACCCGAAAUCAAAAUGACACGAAAGCAGCUAAUGAGGAAAAUGAUUUGGAGGUCGAACUAACGCUAGGCAUCGGGCAAUGCAAUAGGAGGAGGAACAGAGGUUUGAUAGACGAGACUAAUGAGUCGAAAACUGGUUCUUGUUCAAGAAUAAUGAAUAAUGGAGAUUCUGGGCUGUCGAUGAAUAACAUUAACUCGAGUAGUUAUAAUGCCUAUCAAGAAAAGAAUACGCGGCCACAUUGGCUUAUUCGGGAUUUAAGCCAAAACAGGACAUGA